UACUGUCUGUCCAUUACUUAACUAAACAACAAAACACAGUACAGAAGCGACGGCCUAAUUUAAACCAAACUGUGGCAGCCGGCGGACCACUCAUAUUCCUCCAUUAAACCCAACCCUUUACCUCUUCUUCUUCUUCUUCGUCAUCUGAGUAAAAAUGGAGAGGCCAUGCCCGCCGAAACGGUGCCGUUUACUACUGGUACCAUGUCCCUACCAAGGCCACAUAAACCCAAUGCUUCAACUAGCCACAUUCCUUCACCAAAACGGCUUCUCAAUAACCAUCGCCCACACGUUCUUCAACUCCCUCCACCCUCACCGUCACCCGGAGUUCACGUUCAUCCGUUUGAACGACAACCUCCCCUUGGACGACGUGUCGUCCUGGGAUUUGGGAUCUGUGUUGUUAGCCGUCAACAACAAUUGCAGAGCCAGCUUAGAGGAGGCGGUGGCGGCCAUGGCCGGAAAGACAGGGGAGGGAUCUGGUGAAGUCAUGUGUAUUAUACACGAUGAGCUCAUGUAUUUUUGUGAAGCUGUAGCCAGUCGAUUUGGGGUUCGGAGUUUGGUGUUUCGGACCACGAGCGCGGCCGCUUGUGUUAGUCGGUGUGCAAUUCUCCGACUUUCGGCCGAGGGUCGGCUCCCCGUGCAAAAAGAGUCAUUGGAAGAGGAGGUUCCAAAUCUUGAUCCAUUAAGAUUCAAAGAUUUGCCGCUGUCGGCCGUUUCAGAUAUCACCAAACUCACUCAAAUAAUCCUCAACAUGUACGCCAUUAACACAUCUUCAGCUGUGAUUUGGAACACAAUGCCAUGGCUCGAGCCAUCUGAACUCAACAAAAUCAAGGCCAAAUUUUGCCAAAUACCCAUCUUCCCAAUCGCCCCAAUUCACAAGAUUUCCCCAACCUCCUCCUCUUCAAGCUUGCUCAAAGAGGACUCCACCUGCCUCUCAUGGCUCGACAAACAAGCUCCCAAAUCAGUCAUCUAUGUCAGCUUGGGAAGCGUAGCCUUGUUAACAAAGGGAGAGGUGGAAGAGAUGGGUUGGGGGUUGGUGAAUAGCAACCAGCCAUUCUUGUGGGUGGUUCGACCAGGGUCGGUUCGUGGGUCGGAUGCGAUCGAGCUAGUUUUAAAAGAGGUUGAAGAGAAGGUUGGAGAUAGAGGGUGCAUUGUGCAAUGGGCUCCUCAAAAGGAAGUGUUGGGUCAUGGAGGUGUUGGUGGGUUUUGGAGCCAUUGUGGGUGGAAUUCUACGCUUGAGAGCUUGAGUGAGGGUGUUCCAUUGCUGUGUAGGCCAUUUUCAGGGGAUCAAAGAGUGAAUGCUAGGUAUGUUAGCUGUGUGUGGGGAGUGGGGUUGGCUUUGGAAGGUGAGUUGGAUAGGAAGGAAGUGGAAAAGGGUAUUAGAAGAGUGAUGGUGGAAGAAGAAGGGAGGAAGAUGAAGGAAAGAGCUAUGGAUUUCAAGAGAAGAAUUGAAGAUAGUUUGAAGGAAGAUGGGUCUUCUUCUUGCAGCUUGAAACAGCUCGUGGAUUUCAUCAUGCGCGUUACUUUCCCUCCAUAGCAUCCAGUGGCAUCAUGAAUACACUAGUUAAAAGGCAGGUUCAGAGGUACGUAUACCCACUUAAUGGGUCCAUGCGAGCAUGCGUGGGUCAUUGGUAGAGAAGUACUAAACAUUCAAUUUUCGUAUGGAUUAAAGAGUAGAGUUCAGGGUCUUGAAAUAUUUUUACGAAAGGAUAGGUUUCAUCA